CCGGGGGCCGGUGCCGGGGCAGAGCGUCCUAGCAGUGUCACUGCGUGGGCUGGCGUGUUGUUAAGAGUACACCUGCUGCCAGUCCUGUCCAUCCCAGGAGUACCUGCUGCCCUCACCGUCGAGCUGCCAUGGAGGUGCAGAAGGAGGCUCAACGCAUCAUGACCCUGUCGGUGUGGAAGAUGUACCAUUCGCGCAUGCAGCGUGGUGGCCUGCGCCUGCACCGGAGUCUGCAGCUGUCGCUGGUCAUGCGCAGCGCCCGUGAGCUCUACCUCUCAGCCAAGGUGGAAGCCCAAGAGCCCGAGGUGCCCUUGCCUCCUUCCGAGUCCCCUGACCCUCGCCUGCACCCGCGGCGGGAAGCGGAAACCGCCGCCGAAGCAGCGCCCCCCGACGGAGAGCAGCCUUCCCCGGAGCCCAUGGACACGCAGGAGGAGGCACCAGGGGCCGAGGAGACUCCUGGCCGCGUUGCCCGACCUCCCGCCAAAGUAAGCCGCAAGCGGCGGAGCAGCAGCCUAAGCGACGGCGGAGACGCCGGAUUGGUCCCGAGCAAGAAAGCUCGCCUGGAAGAAGAGGAGGAGAAGGAAGCGUCGUCGGAGGUUCCCGAUCGCCUACAGCCCCCUCCCACACAAGCGGAGGGCGCCUUCCCCAACCUGGCCCGCGUCCUACAGAGGCGCUUCUCCGGCCUCCUGAACUGCAGCCCCGCCGCACCCCCGACGCCGCCACCCGCGUGCGAGGCCGUGCCGGCCUGCCGCCCCGCGGACAGCAUGCUGAACGUGCUCGUGCGGGCCGUGGUGGCCUUCUGAGGACCCUCAGCGGCGCUACCGGAGCCCAGAGCGCGCGCCGAACCGUCGGCUCGAGUGCGCAGACCCUAGGCGAGGUCCCCCUGGGGGAUCGCCGGCGGGAACCGUGGAGAAGAGCCGCCGCCCGGGCCGCUGAGAGGCUCGGAGAGGGACUGCCCCGGGGGAGCCGUCGCCAUCUGUGUGCAGCGGCGGCACCGAGGAGCCGGGGGCGCGGGCGCCUUCUGCCGAGACCUAGGGCGCCCACAGGUGCUUUCUCACUGGACUGAAACGGGGCCUCCCUCCCCGGCUGGGAGAAGGGAGUCUCCCCAGGGUCGGACUUCGCUGCUUACGGGGGCCGUGCGUCCCGCAAGGCUUUUCCAUAGUCGCGUACGCGUUUCCAGCCUCAGUUCCAGGCACUCCCCGUCCCCCUCCAGUGACAUACUUGUGCAAGCGGUCAUCGUUGCGUCAUGGGGCAGACGUGGGGAGCUUCCUGUUGCCUUGCGUGGGCGUGGGGCCUGGGAGGAGGGUCUGGGGUGUGGGUGCCCCUAGGGAGCGGGAGGGGUGCGGCCUGAGUCACUUCGCCCCCACGUGCUGCCGCUGGGUCGCGCCCCGGGAGCCUUCGGGUCCGAGCCGGAGCCGAACUAAUUUCAGAAUCAAAGUCUUCUCUGGUGCGUUAGGAGGUGGCAAGUGUGGUCCCGGCCCCACACGUGACCCUCCGUCAGACACACGGACACAAUCAACCCGGACCGAAAGCCGGGUGUGAAGCACGGAAGCGGGAGCUGGGGAGGCGGCGUGCAAAGCGCGGUCUCGCCGAGCGGGGAGCAGUGGCCGCCGCACCGGGCCAGUGUGGGGAGGGCGGAAGUUGUUGCCAGGCGCUUAGGGCCUGUUUACCUUUCCUGUGAUGGAGUCUGUGGAGCUCCCAGCUACCUGGCGCUUCGAUGGAAACAUCAGGGAAAUAAAGACCAUUUGAG